CUAAGCCCGCCAGAACAAGGGGUUUAGGGUUUAUGACAAACUGUAAACUUUAACUUUCAUUUCUCUCCAAGUCUCUGUUCUUGAAUUUUAGAAGUAAUGGAAGAGAAAGAGCCAAAACUCUCAGAAUUCGCCAUCAAAAUCAGCCACGAAGCAAAGCUCAAAGAGCUCCUCCGGAACUUAAACUCCAUCGAAUCGCAGCUCUUUACCGACGCCGCGAAAGAAUUCAUAAAAGUGCUCAAAUCGGAUGCAGGCCCUGAAUUUCUGCACUCAUACAUUCAGACAUCUUCCAAGCUCGUGGAAAUAUCUCAGGCGUGGGAAUCUCGCAAUGGAAAGCCAGGGUUUUUGCAUAUUUUGAAUCUAGUUUCUGCAAUUUUGAAGCUUUGGAAGGAUAAUAUGGGAGGUGAGCGCGGUGGUGGUGACGCCGGACGGUGGUUGGAUAAGUUCGCGCGGUCGUUGAUUGAGGAGAAGAUGGGGGAUUUGUAUAAGGAAUUAAAUAGCAAAGAGGCCAAGAGGCAAAAUGCUGUGCUUUCUUUGCUGGCCUCGGUUGUCUUGCGCAAUUCUCACUUGGCAUGGGAAGUAGCGAAAGUUUUCGACUUCAAGCUCGCGGUUUUCCCGAAGCUGGCGGAAGUUAGGUUGAGGGUGAAGAAGCCCGAUGAAGGGAGGAGGAAGAUUCACUCCACAAGAAAAAUGUUUGUCCGUUUUGCUAUGUCGUUUUUGGAGGUGGGGCAUCCGAGGUUGUUGAGGGGUGUUUUGCAGCAGAAGGAGAUGUAUUCGGGGGUAUUGAGGGGGCUAGGGAAUGAUGAUGAGGAGACUCUAGUUUAUGUUCUGUCAGUUUUGCGUGAUAGAGUGCUUGUUCCAGAGUCCAUCGUGCCUCCGGGGCUUAGGAGUGUUCUGUUCGGAAAUGUUACGUUGGAGCAGUUGAUUAGUGUUUCGGGGAGGGGAGAGUUCGUGGAUGCAGCAGAGUUGGCACACAAUGUGUUAAUGAUGGUGUGCAUUGAUCCUGAGAAUGGCUUGAUGCCCGAUUUAAACAGGCACCCAAAUCCUCUCCGUGGGAAUCCAAAGCGUCUUUUGAGUCUAAUGAAGAAAUUAAAGGCAACAGAAGUUGUGUACCAUAAGGAACUGCUUCUGGCCAUUGUGAGAGGGCGGCCUUUGUUUGGUUCUUUAUACUUGGAUGAGUUCCCUUAUAGCAUUGAAGAUGUUGCAUCAGAUAACUGGUUUCCUGCUAUUUCAUUGGCUGCAGACGUGGUUUCCUCAGUCAGUGUUGGACAUGGCUUUGUUGAUAUACGUGCACCUGAUAGUGAAGACGUGCAGAACAUCAUAAAAUGCAUUGGACCACGCCCUUUUAGUAGAUCAAUUAUUACUAAGGGGUUACUUCAUGCUGAUUCUCUUGUGAAACAUGGAACAUUGAAGCUUGUAAUUGAGGUCUUACAGUUGUUUGAUUAUUUGUUGAAAGCUUUGGACACUUCUUAUUCCGACCAGCAAAUGCAUGGCUGGGGAGCUUUAAAGGCAGAGAUUCAAAAUGGUGUAAGGAUGUUCCUUCCUGAUCCUCAAGUUUUGUUCUCUUUGCUUUCUCCCUUAAGCAGCCACAUCAAGAGCCUCGAGUCUGCUUCAAAAAGGAAAGCUGAAGCAGAAAUGGUUCCAGAACAUUGUGUUAAUCCUAGUAAGAGGUUGAAAAGUUCAACUGCAAGUGAAGACUUGGAUAUUGUUAUAAGUGGAGUCAACUCUUCUGGAGUAGAUUUGUUUGAGGAGGGGGAAGUUGUAGCUUCAGAUGGUGAGCAACAACUAGAGAAUGGAGCUGAUAUUGAUCAAAGUAUUAGAGAUAUUUGGGGUUUAAGUCAGUUCUCCGCAAAACAGGCUAAUAUAAAAGAUGUGGAUACAUUCUUUUACUCCAAGAUACUUGACUCUCUCAAGAUCUAUUAUCGAACCAUGCCGAUGGCCAUGGAGGGAUCAGUUGAUUUUUUUAAACUAAUACCAAAUAAUCCUCUGGCAUUACCAAUGAUCCUGCAGCAGUCUUUAUUACAACUGCUCAAUGAACACGUCAGUCAGUUUUCUAAAAAUGUGACCCCUAUCACAAAUCCGCCACAAAUGUACAGGCAUCUGCAUCCAUUUAUUGUCUUAUUAGUUGGCUCACCACUCAAACAGAUAAAGGAACAAGCUUAUGCCUUAGCAAAGGCAGCCAUCUUAAGCACUGGCGCAUUUGACAAAAAUGUAAAGGAAAUUUGUGCCUGGUUCUUUUUCAUACCUGGCUAUAAUACAUAUAAUAUCCUCAGGGACCUAGAUGUUCAGAUCUACCAAGAGUUGUCAUCAGUUAUCGUUUCUUUCCUAUGUGAUGCUGUUUCCACAACCGGAAACAACUUAUACAAGUAUAUGGAAUCAUUGAAGCAUUACAUCUAUGAUGCAGAAGGUGGUAAAGAUCUGUCUCCUGAAGUAAGCCCUUUUAUUAUAUGUGUACUGGAGAAGUGUUUGCGCUUGCUCAGCUCUGAAUCAGGAUCCUUCACAUUACCUCAGAAGUCGUUGAUAUCACUCUAUGUUUCCAACACAAUCAAGUAUCUAUUGGACACACAGGUGAAAGCUGAAGUAUUAUCGGCUUUAAUUGACCGUGUAUUGUCUGAGAAGCUUGAGAACAGCAAUGUUGAUGUCCUGGAAUUCGCUGAAUAUCCAUGUGAAUGGAGGCCACUAAAGACUCUGUUGCGUUUUGCACGUGAUAUUUUGCAUCGGCAGUGUUAUGGCAUAUAUUCCAAUGUGAAGGAUAUUAAGCGGUCAGAUAAUUCUUUUGUCAAAACUCUUGCCGACAUUAGAGAAGUUUUGAAAAGUGAGUAUCAUAGUGGACUUGUUGGAUUGAGUGUAGGGUUUUCUUUCUCAUUGAUGUGCACAAGACGCAAUGAGCUAUUGCAGAAUUUUCAGAUAGUCUUAUCUAUAUCAAGUAACCUGUCUGAGGUUCCUUUCUCAGUUUUGUCAUCCAUUUUGUUCCUGGAACCAAGUUAUCUUGAUGAUGUUAUAGAGUUAUGUCCUGAAGUGUUCUUUGCUGCUCUGGAUAGUGUUAAGCAUUGUGAAGAAAAGGGAGAGAGUUUGUAUAAAGCUGAUCUUGAUUCACUGGGAGCUGCUUCUUUUGAAUUAUACCGUUACUUAAAAUCUGUCCCAUUCUAUGUGGUCUUUUCAUCUAUUGCACAAAGUUGCAGCUUGCAUCUAGUUGAGCGGUCAAAACUUCAAAAAUUGCUGUUGGAUAAAGUUACUGGGAUUGCAUCUGAUCAUUUAAUUUCUUCGUUGUGCAAUGUACUCUUCUGGAUUAAUCACACAAGGUCAUGCUACGGACUCAGAUCUUUGGAGCAGCUUGAGAUGCUUUGUGAUAUAUGCUUCAUACUUGCAGAGCAAUUGUUAAGACAAUUGUUGAUUCAGAAUAUGGACACUGUCAUUUUGGCUCAUGAUAAUGAGCCUUUACCACUACAUUGUGUGGUGGAUGUGGCAGAAAUCAUCUAUAACAAUCCUGCUUUAACUGCAUCACUGAAUUGUUCUCUGUCAGGUGAUAAUGUUUUUUCAGAUUCAGUCUUUGGAGAAACUUUGGAAAAACUUCUUGAGUUAGCCAAACAAGGAAUUUGCAAAAUGGAUCUCAAUGUCCUGAAUUUGUUAAUAACAGCUUCUGAACUAUUGUUUGUGGUGCAUGGUGGUAAAAUAUCUGCAGAAGUUGUAAAUGACAGAAAGCGCAUAUCCCGAGCAUUUAAUUUGCUUAAAGAGAAGCUAUUUCUUAUUUUUAAGAGUAGGUUUGAUGCUUGCGUCCAGUCCAUGGACUUUAAACCCUUGCUUCCAACAUUCUAUGCUUUACACUCUUUGAUUAGUUUCAUAUCUCCCUCUGAGCUGCUUGAAUUGGUGAAUUGGACGUUUUCUCAGAUUGAUAUCAAUGAUGCAGCCUUGCACAUGCCAUCAAAAAGAAAUGCUCUUUUUAUUGGUUUGCACCUUGCCAGUUGCACUUUUGAUUUCCUCUCAGAGCUCAUGAGACAGCCAUACCAAGAAAAUAAACCGUAUAGUUUUUCUGGUGGAACUGAGACACAUUUUGAUGUUCUUCUGUUCGAGAGGAUCUUUUUCCAAUUACUACAGAUCGGAUGCCAUUUGAAACUGGAGAUUGCUGAUGCUUGUCUGCUUAAAGCGUUCAAUGUCGUGAAAAUGCAUAAAGCUAUUCAUCAUUCACAUCUUCCUUCUGUUAUGGUUUUACAAAGAGUUGUUGCAACCAUUCCUGUAAAUAUAUUCUCAUAUUGCUUACACAAGAUUAAUAGAACGAAAUCUGACCUGGUGUACAAUAUUGUUGCAAUGAGCCCCCUGCAUAUGUCCGUCUUUGGAUCUAUGUUUUCUGAAAUACUGGACAAAUCUUCACUUCCUAAUGCCAAUAUAACACAAGGAACUUGUAGACACUGUUUUUCUGAUGAAGAAUUACUGAUGGUUUUGCCAACCGUCUUCUUGUACUUAAAUUUGGUUAUUCCUAAAUUUGGGGGACAGCUCUGCAAGGCCUUUGAAGCUAUACGUUUGGUGUAUGGUCGUGUACUCUUGAGUGGGUUUUCUAAGUGGAAGAGCUUCGUCUCUGGGACUAUUUUUGAGAUUGGAUUUGAUAAACUACUGAUUGCAUCCAAAGAAGAAUAUACAGAUCUUUUCUCCGAUAGUCUUCUUGGUAAAACAAUCCUGAUGGUACGGGACCACCUUAUAUCAGGUGAAGAUGCUAUGAGGGUUGAUAGAAGAUUGGAUCUAUAUAAUUCCAUGUUCCCAUCUACUGCAGACAAUAUAAUUGACGACUUUUGUGGCGAGACUGGAGGUCGUUUGCUUAAAAAACCUUUAGAUUUUGUGAACAGAGUUGUUGCAAAGAUAAACUUGUGCAGGAUGCUGUUGUUUACAGAGCAUACUCAAAUUAAAACUCAGGUGGAUAAUGGAAAGAAAAAGGUGGAUUCUCCACAAGUUACAUCUGACAUGGCAACGUCAAAAAUCAGGUUUCUAAAGAUGUUGAUUAAUUCCUGGAUAUUGAUUGUCAAGAAAUUCCCGGAGAAUAUUGACUACAUUGGAAAUGUUGAUGGCGAGAAACUACCAUUGUUUAGAUUUUUGGAAGUCUUUGUAAUGAAUAAUGUAUUGGAAUUGACAGUAGAUAUGCAUGACUAUCUAAUUGAGUUGGACUCUCACCCAUUCAUAGAGCAACUUGUAAAAUCGUUUCUUCUCUAUAGGUUUGGAGAUCCCGUAACACUGAAGAUGCUAAGAACUGCUCUCGCCUAUAUAUCUCAAUGGAAAUUUUCAUGUUCUUCAUCUAUACAGCUAUUGCUUGCUCACUCCCAGUUUGCAAAUUCCAUUCAGGUGGCCUGUCAGUCAUUUGUUUCUUCUAAGUUUGGACUUGUUUUUACUCCCAUGCAGAGCAUUUUAAGAUUGUUUUUUGUUGGUCAUGGUGGCCCAGAUACUUUGGAUUGCAAAAGCAAUAAAUUGACAGAUAAGGAGACUCUUUAUUUGCUUGAACUUGUUAAGUUUGUCAGAGUACUUCUACAUAUUUAUGCGCAGCAAAGAGAACUAAAUUUUGGUGAAGACACUGGUAUAAAUGCGCAAGAGUUGGUUCAUCUUCUUCUGUUUUCAUAUGGGGCAACGUGUUCUGAGGUUGAUUUGGAAAUAUAUAAUUUAUUGUUGGAUAUCGAGUCCAAUGAUGAGUCAUGUGCUGGAACUGUUGCCCGAACAGAUUAUCUGUGGGGUAUUGCAUCUUUAAAGGCGAGAAAAGAUUUGGAACAGGAUAAAGACAUGCAGUCUGUUGAGCAAAAAAACGUGGAAAUCUAUGAACGUCAAAAAGUUAAGUUUAGAGAGAAUAUUCCGAUUGACCCAAAGAUAUGUGCUCAAACUGUGCUCUUUUUUCCUUACAACAGAGUUGUUUAUGAAGGAAAUUCGCCGAAGCUCCAAAAAGCUAGUUAUGCAGUUGUGCAUGAGGGCCCUUCUACAACUGAUAAGCUGCAAAUAUAUGAUCCUGUCUUCAUCCUCAGAUUCUCAAUUCACUGUCUUUCGAUGAGCUACAUUGAACCUAUUGAAUUUGCUAGUUUAGGCUUGCUUGCUGUUACCUUUGCCAGUAUAUCUUCACCUGAUGAUGAUAUGAGGAAAUUGGGAUAUGAAGCACUAGCAAAGUUCAAGAGUGCACUGGAGAAAUGUCAAAAGAAGAAGGAAGUGGUACGGCUUCGUCUUCUACUAACAUAUUUGCAAAAUGGAAUAGAAGAGCCAUGGCAAAGGAUUCCAUCUGUCAUUGCUGUAUUCGCUGCAGAGGCUUCUGUGAUACUGUUGGACCCAUCCAAUAAUAAUUAUUCUACCAUAAGCAAGCAUCUCAGUAAUUCCCCUAGUGUGAAUAUGAAGGCCAUACCGUUAUUCAGGAAUUUUUUCUGGAGUACCUCAAUCACUUUUAAAGCAGACAGAGUAUGGAUGCUUCGAUUGUUGUGUGCAGGGCUGAAUACAGAAGAUGAUGCUCAAACAUACAUCAGAAACUCCAUUUUCGAGACCCUCCUUAGUUUUUAUUCUUCUCCUCUUUCAGAUAACGAGUCGAAGGAACUUAUAAUUCAGGUAGUAAAGAAGGCUGUACUAUUACAUAAAGCAGUCUGGUUUUUAGUUGAACACUGUGGUGUCAUUUCAUGGUUGUCAUCUAUUCUUUUAUUUAUCUAUGGGAGUGGAUUUGAAGAGCAGCAAAAAUUUGUUCUCACACAACUGCCAAUAAUAUUGGAGGUUGUGAAUUGUAUUACAUCACCAAGAAAUAUUGUCGAGUGGCUGCAAAAACAUGCUAUGGAGCAGCUUUCGGAACUUUCAUUGCAUUUGUACAAAAUCCUUGUUAGUGGUGUCGAACUUAUUAAAUAUCAGAGCAGCAUUUGUGUCUCAAUUUUGCAAAUAUUGGCAUUAGUGCUGAAGAUAUCACAGAAAAGGAAGAUAUAUCAACCCCAUUUUACAUUGUCAGACGAGGGUUUAUUUCAACUCUACGAGGCUGUUGAAGCAUGCUCGAAAUUGGUUUGCUAUCCUAUCAUGGGUUUGGGUCUCAAAGCUGUUCUCAUGAGUACUCCUCCAGUCACCAUCCUGCAAAUGGAUCAGGAGAAGCUGUUUAAGUUCUUGAGAUGGGCAGUUACCACUGCUCUCCAGUCAAAGUCGGAAGAAUUGGUUAUUCCUGAAGAUUCGGAUCAUCAUAUGACAGCAGUAUCAGGGAAGAGACAACCUGAAGAAUCCCUUGAAUCAAAACUUUUACGCUGGUUAACUGCCUCAGUGAUCCUUGGAAAGAUUACUUUGAAUUCAAGAAAACUUGACAAUGACAGUCUCUUGGAAAGAUCUAGCCUCCAUGCUUUCCAGUCUUGGUUAGGAUGCCCUGAGAAAGAGUUCGGAGAAACUGUGAAAUACAGUGGUGAAGAAAUAUUAGCUGCAGCAAUAAUUUACCUGUUAAAGCAGCUGAACUUCAGCCACCAAUUUCUUCCAUCAUCUGUUUCUGCACUGUGUCUCCUACUCCUUUCCGACUCCCCCGCAGGGUUAAAGAGUUUGGUUGGAUUUCAAACUUGUUUGCCAUCGCUUUGUUCAAAGAUACACUGGCCAGUCGAAGCGAAUCCUGCCUGGAGAUGGUCAUAUCACCAGGCAUGGAGAGAUCUAACGACGGAAGUGAGCGAGUUGAAGAGAGUGGAGGAAAUCCAUGCUUGUGAGAGGCUUCUGGUAGUGGCUUCUAAUGUUCUCAUAGAGAAAUCUGGAUGUAGCCAUUUUUUCGAUCUUAAUGAUGUGGACAAGUUGCAUGUACAUGAAUGGGAGACAAGUUUUAUCCAUUCCGAAUAAAAAUUGUUUAGCUUUCAAUUUCAAUCUAAUUUGCUUUGUUUUGAGCUGCAAA